AUGAUUGGUAGAAGAUUCAUAUCGACCAGUAAAAGGAUAUUUCAAAAUCCUUUACCUUCAACUCCUGAAAUGAAACAACAAUUCAACAUUAAAAAAGUUGAUAAAAAAUCUUUAGAUUCAUUAUUUGAAUUUUCUUCAAAUUUCAAAGAUCAAAAAUCUUCAUUACAAAUUGAAAAUAUAUUUACAAAGAAGUUUAAACAUGGUAAUAAUUAUAAUCCUUUCGAUUUUUCAAUGAACAAGUUAAACAUCGAUAGUUUGGCUAUUAAAUAUGAAAAAAAUAAAAAAAUCGAUCCAUUUGAAGUUAGUGGUAUAAAUCCUUUAGAUUUAUAUACCAUGCCAUUUAUAUUAUCAAGAUUUUUAACUACCACAGGACAGAUAUUACCAAGAUCAAUAACUGGAUGUUCAGCUAAGAAUCAAAAGAAAUUAUCUAUAGCAAUCAAAAGAGCUAGAGUGUGUGGAUUAUUGAGUUAUGUUCAUAAAGAUACUAAUUAUUUACCUGCCAGAAAUAUUUAA